AUCAGUUUUUCAUAAUAUGAGAUUGACAACAACAAACCCCUCAGAUUUAAAGCAAGAAGACCUUCCUCUCUUCAGUCAGUUGUGUGAUUUUAGUCUUGCGAACUUGUUUGGCAACAGACGCUGGCUGUCAUCUGGACUCCUCCAUUAAACUGAUGGCGCUACUAAAGCUGUUCCUCGGGGCUCUUCUGCUCCUUCAGUUUGUUCUGUUGGAUGGAGCUGAACCUCAGAACCUGAACUGUCCCGCAUUUGGUGGCGUUCCCGGGACUCCUGGACACAACGGUCUGCCUGGUAGAGAUGGGAGAGAUGGUAAAGACGGAGCAAUUGGACCCAAAGGAGAGAAGGGAGAGCCAGGAGUGAAUGUGCAGGGAACGCCGGGUAAAGCAGGACCGUCUGGCCCAGCUGGAGCUAAGGGUGAAAGGGGACCACCAGGCUUGCCUGGAAGUGAAAGUACAGCUGACUCCCUGAAAUCUGAGAUCCAGCAUCUUAACACCAAGAUUGCUAUGCUUGAGAAAGCUGCGAGUUUUAAUACAUUCAGAAAAGUUGGACAGAAAUACUAUGUCACUGAUGGUAUUGAGCUUACUUUUGAUAAUGGGAUGCAGUACUGCAAGGACUUUGGAGGAGCAAUAGUGUUGCCAACAACUGCUUUAGAAAACCAGGUGCUAUUGAAAGUAUUAUUAGCCAGUGGUUUAAGGGGUAAGAAGCCAUUAAUUAGAGCCACAGAUAGAGAAACCGAGGGACAGUUUGUGGACACUGAGGGAAAGCAAUUGACUUUUACCAACUGGCAUACUGGUCAGCCUGAUGAUUAUAAGGGAGCACAAGACUGUGGUACUAUCACAGACUCUGGCCUUUGGGAUGAUGUCGGUUGUGAUGGUCAAUAUCCCACCAUAUGUGAAAUAGAAAUAAGUUAGAAUUUACACUGUAAAAUCAACAUAAAAAUCUACUCAAUAAAAUUUGCACUCUGUAUGUUUGGGUAGAUUGCAUCCCAUGUUUUGAAUAAAAACUACAUAUAUUGAACAGC